CCCGCCACCGCGGCGGGCAGGAGCGGCUCGCACCCCCCCAACCAGGAGAAGCCCCGAAGGGAAAGGCGGCCACCGCCCUGCUCCUCCUCCCCUGACAGCGCGGCUGCCUGGGCGUGUACCGCGCGGCGCGCCCUGACCGGCUACGGUGCCGCCCUUCGGCCAAGCGGGAGCAGCUGUAGCGGUCAGGGAGCGGGCGGCGUGUGUGAGGCAGGCAGUCAUGCAGCGUUGGAGGCUUUUUCCCGUGGUGGUGGUGGCGUUGCUCGGCGUCUUGGUCACUGCCCAAGACUUUAAAGAUUCAGAUCUAUAUGAUGGCAGUUUACCAAAAGGAGGAGGUGGUGAUAGCGGCCACAAUGAACGAAAGGGCCCAAGUCCAAAUAAUGGUGAAGAAGCUGAGGGUUCUCAGGGAGCAAUAGCUGGAAUUGUAAGUGCUGUGGUUGCAACAGUAAUUGGAGCAGUAUCUAGUUUCAUUGCUUACCAAAAGAAGAAACUCUGUUUCAAACAAAGCGAUGAAGAGAAUGUGAAUAUGGAAAGCCAUCGGGGAGCACAAUCUGAGCCACCUGUUCAGCGCACACUUUUGGAGAACUGAAAUAAAGAAAACAUGAUGAAGAAACAUCAUUGAAACUGGACAGAGAGCCUGCAUUCUGCCUGGGGAAAAAAAAGGAAACAAAAAAAAAAAGCAUAACAUUAACAGCAGAGCCUGAAGUUGCAUGAGAAAAUAGUUCUUGUUUGAAACAUCUCUGGGAGUUUGCCUUAGACCUGAGCACUUCUGUAUGGUUAGCCCUGUGAAGCAUUGUUGCACACCAAUAUAUGGCCUUAAUGACAGGAGUGUAGAAGUAUGUUGUGCCUUUACAUUCUUUACUCCUGUGACAAAUGGGUGUGUCUAAAGUGCAUUCAGUGUUUUUAACUUUUCCAUACAUCUCCAAAAGAAAAAGAGGCAAGUAGUGUUUUGUUAACGCCAUUGCUUUCAGGCAGUGUGCAAAUAGUUUUUUUAAUAUCCUGUACACAGUGAGUGUACCAGCCAAACAACCUGGCAUAUGUUGUGGGCACCUUGAAAGCAAAUGGCUCACUGUGUAGGAUAAUGAAUCUGGGUGUGGGUGCUGCUGAUUCAAUCCAUGUAACUGCCUGGGUCACCCACUAGAGAAGGAAGAGAUACUUGUUCUAGAGCAUCCAAGAGACAAAGAUUCAGUUUUGUUUUUGGUUUUCUGUUGUUGUUGUUGCAUCUGUCUGGUACAGAUUCAGAACACUCAAACUAGUGCACAGAGACCCUUCAUUCUUUCUGGCUCUUCCUGCUUAGCAACUACUGAGCCGAUCAGAUGUGGAAAAGCCUGAUCUGCAAAUCAGAACCAUAAUUGGAUUUUGUACAUCUGGUGAGAUUGGUGUUUGGUAGUUGUCUAAACAGUUAUAGAUGAAGCAUUAGGGGGUGGGGAUUGACAUCUUCAGGCUUCCAUAACCAAAAAUUUAACAGAAAAUGAUGUUGAAUUCAGAAGGCUUGUCAUACACCCUAAAAAGACAGAAACAGUGCUACAGUUCAAAAGUGCUGAAACGCAAGACUGACCAGAACAACCCAGCCUCACUCCACAAGUAUCCAUUGAACAACAUAAAUAGCAUAUAUGUGAAGGAUGCUUUUGGACUUGUGAAGGAUUGCCAUCAGGACCUAUGACUGCAUCCUCACCUGAAAGCACUAGUGGCCUUUGCUCUCGAAAGCCACAGGAAGGUUUCAAAGAUCUGUGGAAACAUGGAAAACUGCAACUCAUAACAGUUAAAGGACUGAGUCUGGACUAGUAACUAGUUCUGUCUGGAAGGUGUAGUCUGACCAGUUCUGUUGGCUUGCAUUCUAAUUGUUUCCAAUUUUUGUGCAGUUUUACAAUAUGUGUCUUACUAAUGUGCUUCAGCCUCCUGGCCAAAGGGUUCUACAGAAAGAUGACAUUUCACAGAACAUCUUAGAAGUCAUGAAUUUGGGUAUUAAACAUGUAAAUGUAUCUGUGCAUUCAAAUAUGAAUGUAUGCCAAGAAUAAUUCAUUUAAGAAUUUCUUGUACAUGUUUCUUAGCUUGCAAGAAAGCUUUACACAGAUCUUAGUAUUUUGUUAUGGAAUUAAUUUGUAAACCUCUUUUUCCUUACUUCUGCUUUUAGGAUAAAAGAACUAAAACCUUUAAGUGUGUGUUUGAGGGUGGAAAAAUGAUUUUUAUAUAAACAUUUGAUCUAUGUAAAUACAAAGAAAUGAAAUGUACUGCUUACCUACAUGAAUAAACAGGUAUCUCAUAUCAAUGCCAAGUAUAGAGAAAACAGAAAUAAGCCAGUGUUCAUUAGGGAUAAAAUGGUGGGCUCACACUAGCUUUCAGCUAACCAGACUCUUGAAUCCUUCUUCAGCUUUUGCAAGCCUGAAAUUACUUAUUAAAACCUCCUAUCAACGUUGUGAUUUUUCUAAAAAUAAAUCUAUAAAAAAGAAAA